AUGAGAUUAAUCACUCCCCUGGCCGGCCUCAUCGCCGCUGAAGGCGUUAUUGCCCUCAAUCUCCAAUCCAUGCAAUCAGCCCUUCAAUCCGUACUAAAACAUAGCGAAGCACAACCACCCAAACCAAAUAUUCUCUUCAUAAUAACCGAUGACCAAGACCUCCAACUCGACUCCAUAUCAUAUACUCCCCUAAUCACCAAACACAUCCGCGACCAGGGCACCUUUUUCCGCAACCAUUUUGUCACAACAGCCCUAUGCUGUCCAUCACGCGCGCAUAACACAAAUGUGACCGAUGUUCAUCCGCCCUACGGUGGAUAUCCCAAAUUCGUCGAGCGCGGCUUCAACGAUGAUUUCCUCCCGCUGUGGCUGCAAGGGGCGGGGUAUGAUACAUAUUACACGGGGAAAAUGUUCAACGCACAUACGGUGGAUAACUACCACAGCCCACACAUCAAUGGAUUCAAUGCAUCUGAUUUCCUUCUCGAUCCAUAUACCUAUUCUUAUCUGAAUUCGACUUACCAGCGGAACCAUGAACCACCGGUCAGCCACGAGGGUGAACAUACGAUCGACGUGAUCACGGGCAAAGCACUGGGCUUCCUCGAUGAUGCAUUGGCUGGCGAGAGGCCCUUCUUCCUGGCUGUGUCGCCCGUCGCACCACAUUCGAAUGUCGACCCGGGCAAUAUUACAUCGGAGAACUUCUACAUGUCCGCGCCGAUCCCCCUCGAACGGCACGAACAUCUGUUCCAGGAUGUGAGGAUACCCCGCACGGCGAAUUUCAAUCCGGACCAGCCAAGUGGAGUCAGCUGGGUUCACGAUCUACCCCUGCAGAACCAAUCGGUUGUCGACUAUCACGAUCACUUUUAUCGCUCGCGUCUGCGCGCCUUGCAGGGUGUUGACGAAUUGGUUGAUGGACUUGUUACCCGGCUAGAGGAGAGUGGCCAAUUGGAUAAUACGUAUAUUAUCUACACCUCGGACAAUGGAUUCCACAUUGGCCAACAUCGACUGCCGCCCGGGAAGACCUGUGGGUUUGAGGAGGAUAUUCGCGUUCCCUUGUUCAUUCGUGGACCUGGCGUUGCCAAGGGUCAUGUGCAGGAUGCGGUGACUACGCAUGUGGAUUUAGCGCCGACAUUGUUCCAGCUUGCGGGUAUUCCGGCGAGGGAUGAUUUCGAUGGUACGGCCAUUCCUGUGACGCCAGAGUUUGACGGGGAGCGCCAUGAACAUGUUACGGUGGAGUAUUGGGGGUCUGCUGUUGUGGAAGGUGCUUACAGCGGCAUUGGCCCUGGAGGCUCAACCGUGAUCCCAAACAACACCUACAAAUCUGUCCGUUUACUUGGAGAAGGCUACAAUCUGUACUACUCCGUCUGGUGUAAUAACGAACACGAGCUGUAUGAUCUGUCGACUGAUCCGUACCAGCUGAAUAAUCUGUACCCAACCUCCUCUCAUGCAGAUAUUAAUGAGACCCGCAUUCUUGGCCGAAGCUUGCACCAGGCUAUCAAUCGACUUGAUGCUCUUUUGAUGGUCCUCAAGUCGUGCCAGGGUGUGACUUGCAUCCAGCCUUGGGAUGUCCUCCAACCGGUAGACCCGGUUAGUACUCUCAAACAUGCUUUGAAUGAGGAGUAUGAUGGAUUUUAUGGCGCGCAGCCUCAGGUCUCAUUUGACUGGUGUGAUGCGGGAUACAUCGUGGAAGCGGAGGGUGCACAGGUGCCGUUGACUAGUCGACACGGCGUGUCUUGGGAUGUGUGGGUGUAA